AUGGCAGACCCAUUUACAGUUGCGCCUCUGCGAAUAUUAGGGUACGGGUAUGCCACGGGAGUUGCUCUGCGCUUCCGGUUCUGCCAAGACUUGAAGGAUGCCUGCUUUGUCGUGGCCACCACGUUCAUUGUAUGCCACGCCACGUACAGGAGCCUCUCGAAUGAAGGCCCCGUGUACAUUUCUGUCUUGGACACUCUCGUGUUUGAAGGGCUGGCGUCUGCUGCUAUACCCCCACUGACUACUUACUUUAUAUGCAGCACAACGAGGAACUGGCUGAAACAGAAAGACGGGGUACCCAAACCCGUUUAUAAAUGGCUGCCAGUGACUCUGGGACUGUCCGUGUUACCUUUCUUGUACUCUACUCUAGACAUCUGCGUCAACAAGUUCCUGGAUCAGACAUUGAGACCGUUGUAUAUGCCCUGA